UCAGCAGCCUGGCACAACAGCUGUCGCUGUCAGUCAGUUUUACUGCAUCGGAGAGAGCUGGAAAUGUUGGACAAGUAGUUGGAAAGCACUGUUGUAUUUGUGUGUAACUUAAAACUAUAGAAGGAGAUGUGCUAACAGGCUGCUGAAGAUCUGGAUAAAGACUGACCUAAAUCCAAAAAGACAUCAUCUGGCCCACAAACAAAGAGCGGAAUUGGCGGCAUUUUGUUUUGGGUGUACAUGCCCUCCUUCUUCACCCCAUCACGCAUAGAGACUCCACAGUCCAAAGCCAUGGAGAACUCAAAGACCAAACAAGAAGGUGCUGCUGUGGACGCAGAGCUAACAACAGCAAUAAUGGCUCGACGUUUCCAUGCCUCUGUCAUUGGCCCAGAAACAUGGGAGGGAUACAUCUUUUCUGACCUGGAGAUCCGUAUCAGAGAGUCCACAGACCUUUAUGGCGCUGUACUCUGGCCAUCGGCUAUGGUGUUGUGUCAUUUCCUAGAGACCAACAAAGACAAAUACAACCUGACAGACAAAAACGUGAUUGAACUUGGUGCAGGAACUGGGCUAGUCACUAUUGUAUCCAGCCUUUUAGGUGCUAAGGUGACCGCCACCGAUCUACCAGAUGUGUUGGGGAACCUCCAGUACAACGUUACACGCAACACCAAGGGACGAUGCAAAUACAUCCCCCUGGUCACUGAACUCACCUGGGGUCAGGAGGUGGAGCAACGCUUCCCACAUGCCACACAUUGUUUUGACUACAUCCUGGCAGCUGAUGUGGUAUACGCCCACCCUUACCUGGAUGAGCUAAUGGACACCUUUGACCAUCUGUGCCAGAAAAACACACAGAUCCUUUGGGCAAUGCGUUUCCGCCUGGACCCAGAGAACAGCUUUGUGAAUCGUUUCCAGCAACAUUUUCACCUAGAGGAGCUGUAUGACCUACCUAGUCUAAGUAUCAAACUGUAUCAUGCCUGGAGGAAGGACGAGAAGAGCAAGGGCCAAGGACAGGCUGCUGCCUGAGCUGUUAGACAGACAGACCACUCUUAAAUGGGUGGGUGUUUGUGUGAGUGUGCCUGCGACUGCUGAAGUGGGUCA